AGGAGAAAAGCAAUACACCACAAACAAAGAGCACUUUGUCAUAAUGUCUGGUUUGCAUUUUUGAUUCUAUGUAUGAUUCAUUUCUCUCUUUAUAACAGCUGGUAAGAAUUUCAAGCGUUUUUCUGUCUGCAAUUUUUAUUUUUUAAUAAAGCAAAUAAAAGGUGUUGUUAAUAAACUCCCAUCUUUGGAAAACGAAGUAAAAUAAAAAGUUUAUCGCUUUGAGAGAUGCAGGAAAUGUAUUAUGAAAUAAACGGAAAUGGUUCCUAUCCUGGUUGCGAACUUAAAGGCGGAAGUAGAGAGAUUGGCAACUGUCUGUCUUCACGUACGUCCUCAAUAUGUAGUUAAAUCCAGACGCUCCCAGUCGUCUCUCACCAGUUUGUAGUCAACAGACAACCUACAACCAGAUCACAAUGAGUGGACGAGGUAAAGGAGGUAAAGGACUCGGGAAAGGAGGCGCCAAGCGGCACCGUAAGGUCCUCCGUGACAACAUCCAGGGCAUCACUAAGCCCGCUAUCCGCCGUCUGGCUCGCCGCGGAGGAGUCAAGCGUAUCUCCGGUCUGAUCUACGAGGAGACCCGCGGUGUGCUCAAGGUGUUCCUGGAGAACGUCAUCCGGGAUGCCGUCACCUACACCGAGCACGCUAAGAGGAAGACUGUGACCGCCAUGGAUGUGGUGUACGCCCUGAAGAGGCAGGGCCGCACUCUUCCAGCGGCACUUUUUGAACGCAGAGGGAAGUGUUGCGUCACUAUGGCCCGAACCAAGCAGACCGCUCGUAAAUCCACCGGAGGAAAAGCUCCCAGGAAGCAGCUGGCGACUAAAGCCGCUCGCAAGAGCGCCCCAGCUACCGGCGGAGUGAAGAAGCCUCACCGUUACAGGCCCGGUACCGUGGCUCUGAGGGAGAUCCGCCGCUACCAGAAGUCCACCGAGCUGCUGAUCCGCAAGCUUCCCUUCCAGCGGCUGGUUAGAGAGAUCGCUCAGGACUUCAAGACCGAUCUGCGGUUCCAGAGCUCCGCAGUGAUGGCUCUGCAGGAGGCUAGCGAGGCCUACCUGGUCGGCCUGUUCGAGGACACCAACCUGUGCGCCAUCCACGCCAAGAGGGUCACCAUCAUGCCCAAAGACAUCCAGCUGGCCCGCCGCAUCCGCGGAGAACGUGCUUAAAUUUAACAAAAGUACAAACAACCCAACGGCUCUUUUAAGAGCCACA